AAAAUUAAUAACACAUCCAUUUAUCUUCACUGCUACGAGUGAAGUGAUAGCCUGCCACCUAUGUUUAUUUAAUAGCUGACAUACCUUGGCCACUCUUUUUACUUUUUUCUCUAACUAAAGGAUUUCCUCAACAGAAUCAGCAGCUAAAUGAGGAAAUUGUUGUAGAACAUAUCACACCUGUUAAAUAAGGAACCUGCGUCUUUUGAGAAGAAUAGCAGCAGUAAGAAAAAUCCAUUUUUGUGGAAGAAACAAAGUGAUUUAGUUCCCUGUCCAAUGGGCUUGUAUCAUGAUUUUAGAAGGAACUGGCAGAAUGAGUCUUAAUACCGUCACAAGUCUUCUUCAUGAACAGUCAUGGACAGAAGGAUAUCCCACAUGUAAUGCAGCAUCAAGCAGUUUUUUUGGAACACAGUGGCAUGAAAUACAUCCUCAGUAUUGGACAAAGUAUCAGGUCUGGGAAUGGCUCCAACAUCUUUUGGACACCAACCAGCUUGAUGCCAACUGUAUCCCAUUCCAGGAAUUUGACAUCAGUGGGGAUCAUCUGUGUAGCAUGACUUUGCAAGAUUUCACCCGGGCAGCUGGCUCUGCUGGACAACUUCUUUACAACAACCUCCAUCAUCUAAAGUGGAAUGGUCAGUGUGGAAGUGAAGUGUAUCCAUCACACAAUGUCAUUGUUAAGACAGAACAAACAGAUCCAUCUUUAAUGACAUCUUGGAAAGAAGACAAUUAUUUUUACGAUAAUGGAUAUGGUGGCACAGUAGAACUAGUGGAGAGCAAAGCCUAUUGUAGAGCACAGAUUUCUGUCAGCUCUAGUGGUCAUCCACCUAUAGAGGAGUCUUUGGAAGGGAAGAAAAUUUCACAAGAUCACCCACCAAAACCACAUAACAAGAAACACACUCCUCGAGGAACUCACUUGUGGGAGUUUAUCAGAGACAUUCUCCUUCAUCCAGAGAAGAAUCCUGGGUUGAUAAAAUGGGAGGAUCGGUCAGAAGGCAUCUUCCGAUUCUUAAAAUCAGAGGCAGUGGCUCAACUAUGGGGAAAGAAGAAGAACAACAGUAGCAUGACUUAUGAGAAACUCAGCCGUGCCAUGAGAUACUAUUAUAAAAGAGAAAUUCUUGAGCGUGUAGAUGGCCGGAGACUGGUAUAUAAAUUUGGGAAGAAUGCCCGUGGCUGGAGAGAAAAUGAAAACUAAGUACAACUUUAAAAACAGCUGUAGAAAUCUUCACUGACAGGAAAUCCUAGCGCAUGUAAAUAUUCCAAAGACUGUUUUCUUCUAUUUAUGUACAAAAAUUGGGGGCUGCAGAAAAUCUACAUCUAAUGGGAAGAAGGAACACUAUUGUUUGUUGAAGUUGUAACUAUUUUAUUUGAAAUAUGUCCUUUUAUGGAGAGUAUGUACACAGUUUUCUGUGACCUAUGAUAAUACUGCAUGUAAAUGUAUAAGGAUGAGUUGCCUUUCUUGUAAAGAUUUUAAAGAAAAUGAAUUCCAAAACAAAUGUGAUUUAGCAUAAUGCUGCAAGAGGCAUUUGCUGUAGUGGGAGCAAAUCACAGGGCAUUACUUUAUACUUAGGUAUAUCACUGCAUUUUAGAGCACUAAGGAUUUAUAAUAUUUAUCUCAGAAUUGUAUGAGAUAGGUCUUUCCAUUCAAAAUAUACAUCUUUUUUCAAAGGCUGUCGAGUAGUGAAACACCAAUGGUUAAUUAAAUCAAAGGCUGUUGAGUUAUGGCUUCACUUUUUUUCUUGAUUUU